AUUGAGCCCAAAGUAUUUCAGUAUUUCGGGGAACUACAGUCUGAAGUCAUGCAUAAUAAUGAAACCAAAAAGAGGAAAGAAAGCUUUAAAUAACUUACUUUACUGACAGGACAGAGUUUAAACCACAGAAGAGAACAAACGGAAACCACAUCCUUCAGUGUUUAAAAGACUUUCUUUUACUCCAGUAGUCUCAAACACCCCGGACCUCCAUGAGGGAUACAACAGAGCAGAGGAGCAGCAUGACUUUGACGGCAGCAGCCGUCUUUCUUCUGUGUCUGACAGGGAUUCACAGUCAAACAUGGGGGGUGGAAUACUCCUCUACACAGAUCUGUGCUUUAGAAGGAUCCACAGUGGAAAUACCCUGUACCUACUCAUACCCAUCCUGGAAAGAUUACAAGAAAACUGUUGUUCAGAGAACAUUCUGGUUUACUGAACUGAACAGCAGAGACCCACUGGACCUCAGAGAAGAUCCCGACUAUGCAGACAGAAUCACAUAUCACUUUUCUGGAAACAACUGUUUACUGAGGAUCUCUGAUCUGAAACUGAUGGACUCAGCUGAAUACAAGUUCAGGAUUGAGACGAACCAACAAGGUGGGAGUUACAGUGGUUCACCUGGAGUCACUCUGACUGUAACAGCUUUUCCAGAUCUCCAAGUGCUGAUUCAAACAAAGACUUGGUACUCAGGAAGUAGAUGGUUUGAGAUGUUGUGUUCCAGCCGUUGUGUUCUUCCUCCUUCUUCCUUCGUGUGGUACAAAAAUGGGAGAAUAAUCAGGGGUCAAACACAACAAAAGUACUCAGAUUACUUGAACACUGGUGAUAGUGUUUCCUGUGCUGUUAGAGGACACGAGUCUUUCCAUUCUCCUGUUGUGUGUUUUUAUGGAGAUUCAUGCAACAAAGAGUCUUACAGUAAAAGAAACAUCUGCGCCUUCAGAGGAUCAUCAGUGAUCAUUUAUUGUUCUUUCCAAAGACAAUACUCCAGUUCAUCUGAUCACUGGAUCAGUGUUCGUGGUCAGCAGACGUUCUACCAGAACACUAGAAAUGAACGGUUUCAAGUCCAAACUGAUCAAUAUGGAUCAAGUCUGACAAUCAGAGACCUGACAGACGGUGAUUCAGACGAGUAUCGGUUUGUAACAUGGUGGUGGAACAAAGAUUUUCCUGGAACAACUCUCACUGUUGUUGGUCCUCGUGUGGAGGUGAUCCGGUCUUCUUCUGGACUGGGACUAGUUUGUAGCUCCAGAUGUUUUCCUCCGGGUCACUUUUCCUUCAUGUGGUUCAAGAACGGAGAGGAAAUUCAGGGAGAAACUUCUUAUUCUUACAGAAAUCCUGUUUCUCCUGAAGACACUUACUCCUGUUCUUAUGAGGGUCAGCGCUCAUCUGAAGUCUAUGCUCCAAAGUCUGUUAUUGUAUCCAUGAAUCUCACUGAGAUCCUGGAGGACAGAUCAGUAACUCUGACCUGCAGCAGUGAUGCUAACCCAGCAGCUAGCUACACCUGGUUCAAAGACAACCAAGGUUUACUCCCUGGAGGUCCAUAUCUGAUCCUCCCGUCCGUCCAUCGCUCUGACUCUGGAAGAUAUCACUGUGUAGCUGAGAAUGAACUUGGGAAAACAGCAUCUGAAUACGUCUCCAUAAAUGUGGAAUAUCCUCCAAAAACCUCCAAUGUUUCAGUGAAUCCCUCUGCUGAGAUCCUGGAGGACAGUUCGGUGACUCUGACCUGCAGCAGUGAUGCUAACCCAGCAGCUAGCUACACCUGGUUCAAAGACAACAGAACUCUGAUCUCAGAACAAGAAGUUCAUUUCUCCUCCAUCAGGUCUGAAGACUCGGGGAAUUACAGCUGCAAGUCUAAGAACAAACAUGGACAAAGCAGCUCGGUUCCUCUGCUCCUGGAUGUUCAGUGUAAGUGUAGACUUUAGAUUAGAGAAUGGAUAUUGUUUUCUUUGACUGACAGAGUUUAUUAAAGUUAUUGUUUUAUGUUUCUUCCUGAAUCUCAGAU